CGCUUUUCUCUCUAAAAAAGUAGAGAGAGAGAGAGAGUGACUGAGAUAACAAAAAGAAUUCUCAGUUUCGCCUCCAUUCGCCACAAACACUGCAGAAAAGAAAUGAAAACAAUCCAUUUUCUAUUUUUUAUAUAAAUAUAUAAUCUUCCUCCCUCUCGUCUCGCCUUCUUCUUCUUCUUCUUCCAGAAGAAAGAAGCAAAAAUGGCGUCUGGAAGCAGAGGAACUUCAGCUCCAUCAGCAGGAGCUGCUGCUAACCACCGUUACCACCACAGCAACCAGAAUUACGACCAGCAGCCGCCGCAGUCAUCGGGAACAAGCAACUUGAGGCCGCCGCCGCCGCCGCCUCAGGCGUCUUCGGCGGCGGCGGAGUCAGUGAGCAAGGCGAUUGCGCAGUACACCGUGGACGCGCAGCUCCACGCUGUGUUCGAGAGGUCCGGCGAGUCAGGUAGGUCUUUCGACUACUCUCAAUCGGUGAGGACGACGAACCAGUCCGUCCCGGAGCAGCAAAUCACGGCGUACCUCUCCAAAAUCCAGCGCGGGGGCCACAUCCAGCCGUUCGGCUGCAUGAUCGCCGUCGACGAGGCUUCCUUCGCCGUAAUCGCCUACAGCGAGAACGCGCGCGACAUGCUCGGCUUAACUCCGCAAUCAGUCCCGUCCCUGGAGAAGCCCGAAAUUCUCUCGAUCGGCGCCGAUGUCCGCUCAAUCUUCGCUUCCUCGAGCUCAAUUCUGCUGGAGAAGGCGUUCGGGGCCAGAGAAAUCACGCUGCUAAACCCUCUCUGGAUCCACUCCAAGAACUCGGGAAAGCCGUUCUACGCGAUUCUCCAUCGAAUCGAUGUGGGAAUCGUGAUCGAUUUGGAGCCUGCGAGAACUGAAGAUCCGGCGCUUUCCAUCGCCGGUGCCGUACAAUCGCAGAAGCUAGCUGUUCGAGCGAUCUCCCAAUUGCAAUCUCUUCCCGGAGGCGAUAUCAAGCUCUUGUGCGAUACUGUGGUUGAGUGCGUUCGGGAUCUCACAGGUUACGACAGAGUCAUGGUCUACAAGUUCCACGAGGAUGAGCAUGGAGAAGUAGUGGCGGAGAACAAAAGAGCCGAUUUGGAGCCUUACAUCGGUUUGCACUACCCUGCCACUGAUAUCCCUCAAGCUUCCCGAUUCUUGUUCAGGCAGAAUAGGGUUAGGAUGAUAGUCGAUUGUCAUGCUUCCCCAGUCCAUGUGUUUCAGGAUGAAGGGCUGAUGCAGCCAUUGUGCUUGGUUGGUUCAACUCUCCGAGCUCCACAUGGUUGCCAUGCUCAGUACAUGGCAAACAUGGGUUCCAUUGCUUCGUUAGCCAUGGCUGUGAUCAUCAAUAGUAGUGAUGAAGAUGGCGGAGGGAGGAACGCAAUGAAACUCUGGGGAUUGGUGGUCUGUCACCACACUUCAGCUAGGUGCAUACCUUUUCCACUUCGUUAUGCUUGCGAGUUUCUUAUGCAAGCUUUUGGUCUUCAAUUGAACAUGGAGAUGCAGUUGGCUUCUCAAUUAUCAGAGAAACGUGUUUUGAAGACUCAAACUCUUCUUUGUGACAUGCUGUUGAGAGAUUCCCCGUCCGGGAUUGUUACUCAGAGUCCUAGUAUUAUGGAUUUGGUGAAGUGUGAUGGAGCAGCAUUGUAUUACCAAGGGAAGUACUACCCACUUGGUGUGACUCCAACUGAAGCGCAGAUUAAGGACAUUGUAGAGUGGUUGCUGGCAUUCCAUGGUGAUUCAACUGGUUUAAGUACUGACAGUUUGGAUGAUGCUGGAUACACUGGUGCAGCUUCACUUGGCAAUGCAGUUUGUGGAAUGGCAGUUGCUUAUAUUACAAAGAAAGACUUUUUGUUCUGGUUCAGGUCACAUACAGCUAAAGAGAUCAAAUGGGGUGGUGCAAAACAUCACCCACAGGAUAAAGAUGACGGCCAAAGAAUGCAUCCACGUUCUUCAUUCAAGGCCUUUCUUGAAGUAGUGAAGAGUCGUAGCUUGCCAUGGGAAAAUGCAGAGAUGGAUGCGAUACACUCUUUGCAGCUAAUUCUUCGUGACUCAUUUAAGGAUGCUGAAGUUGCAGCGAAUUCUAAAUCUGUUGUACCUUCACAACAUGGGGAUAUGGAGUUGCAAGGAGUGGAUGAACUGAGCUCGGUGGCAAGAGAAAUGGUGAGGCUUAUAGAGACUGCAACAGCUCCAAUAUUUGCGGUAGACGUGGAUGGGAGAAUAAAUGGCUGGAAUGCAAAAGUUGCUGAAUUGACAGGGCUUUCGGUUGAGGAAGCUAUGGGGAAAUCUUUGGUUCAUGACCUUGUUUAUCAGGAAUAUGCAGAAACCGUUGAUAAGCUUGUUCAUGAUGCUUUAAAAGGUGAAGAAGAUAAAGAUGUGGAGAUAAAAUUAAAGAGGUUUGGCUCUCAACAUGAGAAAACGCCCAUCUUUGUGAUGGUGAACGCUUGUUCUAGCAGGGAUUACAUGAAUAACAUAGUUGGAGUUUGCUUUGUGGGUCAAGAUGUCACUGGUCAAAAAGUGGUAAUGGAUAAGUUCAUUCACAUACAAGGUGAUUACAAGGCCGUAGUUCACAGUCCAAACCCUUUGAUCCCUCCCAUAUUUGCUUCAGAUGAGAAUGCAUAUUGCCUGGAGUGGAAUACCGCCAUGGAAAAGCUCACAGGUUAUGCCCGAGGUGAAAUCGUAGGGAAGAUGCUGGUUGGAGAAGUGUUUGGCGGCUGCUGCCGCCUCAAGGGUCCAGAUGCUUUAACCAAGUUCAUGAUACUUCUUCACAAUGCGAUUGGAGGGCAAGACACGGAUAAAUUCCCAUUUGCAUUUUUUGACAAGAAUGGGAAAUAUGUUCAAGCUCUUCUGACAGCAAACAAGAGAUCAAAUGUUGAGGGCCAGAUUAUCGGGGCCUUCUGCUUCUUGCAAAUAGCUAGUCCUGAAUUGCAGCAAGCUCUGAAAGUUCAGAGGGAGCAGGAGAAGAGAUAUUUUGCGAGGAUGAAAGAGUUGGCUUAUAUAUGUCAGGAGAUAAAGAACCCUUUGAGUGGUAUACGAUUCACUAACUCGCUCUUGGAAUCUACCGAGCUGAGUGAAGAUCAGAAGCAGUUUAUUGAGACCAGUACGGCAUGUGAGAGGCAGAUCUUGAAGAUUGUACGAGAUGUUGAUCUUGAGAACAUCGAAAACGGAACAUUUGAUUUCGAGAGGACCGAGUUCCUUCUCGGGAGUGUCAUAAACGCUGUCGUUAGCCAAGUGAUGUUGCUGCUGAGGGAAAGGAACCUGCAACUGAUACGUGAUAUUCCAGAGGAAGUAAAAUCUCUGGCCGUUUGUGGUGAUCAACCCAGAAUCCAACAGGUGUUAGCUGACUUCUUGUUGAAUAUGGUGAGGUAUGCUUCUUCUUCAGCAGGCUACGUCGAGAUCCACGUUCGUCCAUCUCUGAAGCAAACCGUGGAAGGUCUCACCCAUGUCCGUACCGAGUUCAGGAUGGCUUGCCCUGGUGAAGGACUUCCCCCAGAAGUAGUUCAAGAUAUGUUUCACAGCAGCAACUGGGCAACUCAAGAAGGCCUGGGGCUCAGCAUGUGCAGGAAGAUACUGAAGCUCAUGAAUGGUGAAGUCCAGUACAUUAGAGAGUCAGAAAGGUCUUACUUCCUGGUCAUCCUCGAGCUUCCCAUGGCGCGAAAUGGCGCCAGUACUGCCGGUAACUAAGAAUUUGCUUUCCUCCGCACUCCAUUUGUUUUUCCUUCCUUCCUUCAUAAAUGGGUACAAGGCAGUUUCUCAAAUUACAGAACCAGGCCUGUACUGUAAAUUACUUGGGAGCUUAAGAUUAGUAUAGAGCCUGUUCAGAAGACAAAAGGCCAUGCUGAUCAGCUGUCGUUUUGUGUUCAUGGAAAAGAAAAGGCUUAACAAAUAGAUGGUAUGGAAGACUUGGGGUCUUGAUUAACAGAACCUUUCCAAUUAUUAUAAGAAUGCUCAUUCAUGGAAGUUUGGAUCGGACUCCAGAAAUUUGCAGUUUUUUUUCCUCCUCCUGUUGUAAGUUAAUUAGGUAAGCAAAACAUGUAUGUACAUUGUACCAUAUGUUUAUACUUGCCUAAUAUUAGUGUAACAUAUUUUGUUCUGUUGAGAAGUGCUGUCUAUUGCUUACAAAAAAGGAGGGGGAAAAAGGAGAGUGUUAUCUAUGGUUCUACUUUGGUCUCUCCUCUACCACUCUCUUUCAACGUUUUAGAAACUCUAUCGUACAGGUUGGUUGGACCUGAAAUUUUGGAUAUCAGGUCCAAAACUGUAGGCAGUUUUAGCGGUA